AUGGCUUCCACUUUCAAAUCCCUCUUAAAUUCUGCCAAGCAAACUAUUUCGGGUCAAUCCACACCAAUUCCCGGAACUCCAUCAGAAAAUACUCCAAUCGAGCAAAUAUUCCCAAAAGUUGACCCGGCUGUGGAUGGAGAUGAUUGUGAUCAUGAUUGCGAAUCGUGUCAUGUAAAAUAUCCCAAAGGCUUCAAGAUAGACGAGGACGAUGAGCUAUAUGGUCAUGUCAAAGGAUGGAAUUGGGUGAGAGAUGUCGCAGAUGAGAAGGGAAGUGUAAUGCAAGCAAUCGACCAUGGCUCUGUUAAACCAAGUAAUGGGAAGCUUAUGCUCUCCGCGUCCAACAUACCCACACCUUCACAUUCGACAGAUUAUUCGCAGCCUACGACUGUACUUCUAUUACCUGCAUUCAUCGUGAUUGACAACGUUACUCCACAGUCGGUGCCAACUCUGAUUACAGAGUUCAUUGACAAAGCCCCUACCAAUAUGACACCUCUUGGACCUAUUUCGAUACCCCAGUCCCUCCCCGAUCCUCUUCCAUCCGCAGAACAACUCACUUCACGUCCAUCACCCCAUCGAGCACUUAUUCUCCUCUGCUCGCAGAAACUCGAGAUGCAAGAUGUGGACAAAAAGGAGUUUGAGAGGCAUUUGAGACCACUGGGACUUUUCCGCGAUUUAGAUGACGAUAGACUAGGAGGAGUUGGUAUAUACUUUAUAUCUCACGUUGGAGGACACAAAUACAGUGCAAACGUCAUGAUCUACCGGAGAUCUGACGCGUUUGGGUUGGACGGUGUUGAAAGAGCCAACACGGAUGGGGAUAUAAUGCCAUCGAAAGUGGUACCUGGAGAAGAUGAGGGUAAGGGUGCUGCUCAAUGUAUGUGGCUAGCAAGAGUGAAACCUGAAGAUUGUGAGGGGAUUGUGAAAUUUACCAUUUUGCAAGGCAAACUAAUCAAGCCGGAAAGUCAAUUAAGAGGUGGGUUCGAUCGGCAAAAGGGACUCUUCAGUUGGUAG